AUGGAGCCAGGCUCUAAGUUAGUUUCUAGGCCUGACUGGGAACCUGAGCCACACCAGACACCUAUCACCCAGUCAGAGUCUGGGCCAGAAAAGACACCCACAGCUCAGCCAGCAUCUAAGGCUCAGCAGGGACCCGAUACCCAACAGAAGCGCACUGCACAGCAAAGACCCCUUGCCCAACAUGAAGCUGAAUCCCAGCAGGAACCUCGAGCACAGCAAAAAUCUGCUUUGCAGCAGGAAUUUCUUGCCCCACAGGAGCCUGCACCACAGCAGUCACCUCCCAUCCAAAGGCUGCCCUUCAGGAAACAGGAAGCUGCCUCACAGCACAGACCUGGGCCGGGAAAAGAUUCUAGAACUCAACAGGAGCUGGUAUUGAGAGAGGGAGCUGGAGCCCAGGUAGGACCUGGACCCCAAAAUGGACCACCUGCCCAGACAGAACUGAGGUCCCAAGAGAGACGGAGACAGUCAGACCCUACAGCUCAGCACGCAGCUCCAGCCCAGGGAGCCAAAUCCCAAGAGGGAUCUUUGGCCGAGUGGCAAUUUCUGUCAAAACCAAACGAACCAUCCAUGCAGCAACCGGCCUCAGAACAUAAGACAUUUCUUGAACGGGUAGUAGAUUCUGGUACAGAUUCGGAUUUAGGGUUUACGUUAGAGACCAAUUCGCCAGCCAAGAGGGGUGGAACAGUGGCCCAGGGAAUGAAGCCGGUCUUCAAGGGGAAACCUGGUUAUGAAGUGAUGUCGGGAUUUGAUGGGACGUCAUUACCCAGUAAGAAAACCAGCAGCCAGAACCCCAGACGCUACCGGAACCCAGCCUCACGGCUCUCGCACAGAAUGGACCUGCACACAGUGACACAGUCGCUGGUGACCCUGGCAGAGGACAACAUGGCCUUCUUCUCCAGCCAGGGCCCUGGGGAGACAGCACGGCGGCUGUCAGGCGUCUUUGCAGGUGUUCGGGAACAGGCACUGGGGCUGGAGCCAACCCUGGGCCGCCUGCUGAGCGUGGCACACCUCUUUGACCUGGACGCAGAGACGCCGGCCAACGGGUACCGCAGCCUGGUGCACACAGCCCGCUGCUGCCUGGUGCACCUGCUGCACAAAUCCCGCUACGUGGCCUCUAACCGCCGCAGCAUCUUCUUCCGUACCAGCCACAACCUGGCCGAACUCGAGGCCUACCUGACCGCUCUCACCCAGCUCCGUGCUCUGGCCUACUACGCUCAGCACCUGCUGGCCACCAACCAGCCCGGGAAGCUCUUCUUCGAGGGUGAUGAGAGGGUCAUUGCCGACUUCCUGCAUGAGUACAUCACUCUGCACAAGGGCUGCUUCUAUGGCCGCUGCCUGGGCUUCCAGUUCACGCCCGCCAUCCGGCCAUUCCUGCAGACCAUCUCCAUCGGGCUGGUGUCCUUCGGGGAGCACUACAAACGCAACAAGACGGGCCUGAGUGUGACAGCCAGCUCCCUCUUCACCGGUGGCCGCUUUGCCAUCGACCCAGAGCUGCGUGGGGCCGAGUUUGAGCGGAUCGUACAGAACCUGGACGUGCACUUCUGGAAAACCUUCUGGAAUAUCACAGAGAUCCAGGUGCUAUCGUCUCUAGCAAACAUGACAUCGGCUACCGUAAGGGUAAGCCGCCUGCUCAGCCUGCCACCCAUCACCUUUGAAAUGCCGCUGACUGCUGACCCCAAGGUCAUGGUCACCAUCUCACCCCCACUGGCCCACACAGGCCCCGGGCCUGUCCUCGUCAGGCUCAUCUCCUAUGACCUGCGUGAAGGACAGGACAGUGAGGAGCUCAGCAGCCUGGGGAGGUCCGAGGGCCCCAGAAGCCUGGAGCUGCGGUCCCGCCCCCAACAGGCACCCCGUUCAAGGUGCCUGGUAGUGCACAUCCAUGGCGGCGGCUUCGUGGCCCAGACCUCCAAAUCCCAUGAGCCUUACCUCAAGAGCUGGGCCCAGGAGCUGGGCGCCCCCAUCCUCUCCAUCGACUACUCCCUGGCCCCCGAGGCCCCCUUCCCCCGGGCGCUGGAGGAGUGCUUCUACGCCUACUGCUGGGCCGUCAAGCACUGUGCCCUCCUUGGCUCAACAGGUGAGCGGAUAUGCCUCGCAGGAGACAGCGCAGGCGGGAAUCUCUGCUUCACCGUGUCCCUUCGGGCAGCAGCCUAUGGGGUGCGGGUGCCGGAUGGCAUCAUGGCAGCCUACCCGGCCACAAUGCUGCAGGCUACCGCCUCUCCUUCCCGCCUUCUGAGCCUCAUGGACCCCCUGCUGCCCCUCAGCAUGCUCUCCAAGUGUGUCAAUGCCUAUGCUGGUGGGGAGACCGAGGACCACUGUGACUCGGACCAGAAGGCGCUGGGCAUGGUGGGGCUGGUGCAGCGGGACACAGCCCUGCUCUUCCGAGACCUCCGCCUGGGUGCCUCCUCGUGGCUCAACUCCUUUCUGGAGCUGAGCGGGCAGAAGUCCCACCCGAACUCGGUGCCCAUAGCAGAGCCAAUGCGGUGCAGUGUGUCUGAAACAGCACUGGCCCAGCCUGAGAGCCCAAAGGGAACGGACUCCCUCAAGCGCCUGACGCUGCAUGACCUGAGCCUAAGGGGCAGCUCUGAGACACCAGACACCGCGGAGCUGUCACUGUCAGCGGAGGCACGUGGCCACUCCACACCCUCAGCCGUCAACUUCUUACUUCGGCCUGAGGAUGCAUCUGAAGAAUCUGAGGCCGGGGAUGAGCUGAGCACCAAGGAUAGAGUGUAUGCUGCCUUCCCUGAGGGUUUCCACCCCAGGCGCUCCAGCCACGAUGUCAAACGGGUGACGCUCUACUCGUCGCCCAUCCUCAAGAAUCCCUUCAUGUCACCGCUGCUGGCACCUGACAGCAUGCUGCAGACCCUGCCACCUGUGCACAUCGUGGCGUGCGCGCUGGACCCCAUUCUGGACGACUCAGUCAUGUUCGCGCGGCGGCUACGCAGCCUGAGCCAGCCCGUGACGCUGCGCGUGGUGGAGGACCUGCCGCACGGCUUCCUGAGCCUGGCGGCGCUGUGCCAGGAGACGCGGCAGGCCGCGGCGCUGUGUGUGGAGCGCAUCCGCCUCGUCCUCAAUCCGCCGGGCCCGCCGGUCUGAGCCGUGGGACGGAGCCUGGCCACGCGGGGAGAGGGGGGCUGCCGGGGGCUACACUAAAGGCCUCUCGUACCCAUCUGCUCAGGGCUCCGCAGUGAAUGCGCCUCGGAAAGGGCGGCGGGGACCCCUGCCACGCCUCCCGGCCCAUCCGGCCCCUCCCUCGGGCCGGGCGGAAGGGGGCGGGCUGUGCCUUAAAUCGAGGGUGCGGCAAGGGGGGGCGGGGCGAGGGCCCCCGAAAGCUAACACCCUGGCCUGCGGGAGGGGGACGCCCAGAAAGCAUCUCCGAGACAGCUGGACUUGCACUCCACCACUGCCUUCUGCUGCCGCGACCGCCGCAGGGGCGGAGCCUGACCCUACUUUGCAGGACGGUUUGCUUUGUUUGCUUUUUGUAAAUAAAAGUAUUUAAUUA